CUGGCCCGAAUGAAUAGGGUCAUAAAGUGGAUGAAUAGUAUUAGUAAGUAAGUGCGUUUAACUAAAACUGAAGUAAUAUUGAUAGAUCAAAGUCGGAUUGAUAUAAAUUGAUAAACGAAUUGCAACAAUCAAUGGAAAUGAAGAACGAAGAGGAAGAAAUAUAUUUGAAAUGAUAACAAAAGAAAAACACAACGAUUUGCUUACAUAGUCAAUGUGAAUAUUUAAAAGCUGACACAGCAGACGCUAAUUUCAAAUGGAAAAAUCAAGGGAAAAACUACAAUACAAUAUGAACGAGAUUGAAAAAGGUUUCUUAGUAGAACGCAAAUUAUCACGAGAAGAUAUUAUAGAAAGAUAUGAAUGGAUUAAAACUAAAAGAUCGAAAGUAAAUUCAAUUAACGAAGAUCGAAAUUACCUUACCCGAAAAGUAUACUUUCCUGAUACAUUUAAUGGUUUAUAUUGUGCGAGAUACUCAUCAGAUGGCGAAACUGUUGUUACAGGCUAUGGAUCUGGCUGUAUUCAGCUAAGAAAUGGAGAUACAGGCGAAUUGAGGAAUAGUCUGAAAGCUGCUUUAGAAACAUCGUUUCCUGUGACAAGUUGUUGUUUUCAUCCUAUCAACAGGAAUAUCAUAUAUGCUUCCAGCGCAUGCGGAAGCAUAUUUUUAUGCAAAAUGAAUACUGUCGAAUUUUAUAAUUUUAGUACAGAGUUAGACAAUGAAAUCAACGCUGUGGAUGUCAAUAUUUCCGGAGAAUACGUGAUUACAGGUGGUAAAGAUGCAGGGUUACGAGUCUAUGAUUCAGAAACAGGAAAGUUGAUCAAAAACUAUACCAAGGAUAAAAUAAAUUUAAUAGCCGAAGAUGCAACAAAAUUUCAUCACAUGAGAAUAUUUGCAGUGAAAUGCCAUCGAAUAGAUUCAAAUAUUGUCGUGACCGGUGGUUGGGAUGCUAUUGUAAAAGUUUGGGAUUUAAGAGUUGGUGGCGGAUCGAUAAAAGCUAUUAAUGGUCCAUAUAUUUGUGGAAAUGCUAUUGAUUUACGAGAUACAAAUAUACUCACUGGUUCGUGGGUUGUAAAAAAUAGUCUUCAAAUUUGGGACAUAUCUAGUGGAAAACUUAUUGAAACAGUAAAUCCAAUCAAUCGAGAAACAACGCUCGAUGGGGAAUAUUUGUAUGUGGCUCAAUAUUUUGACGGGGAUCCUUAUGGCGAGCACGUAGUUGUUGGUGGUUCGGGCAUCGGUUUUGUUGAGGUCAUCAAUUUGAAAGAAAAAAACGUUGUAGCACGUUUCAAAGUGAAUAAAGCAGUACUGACAAUUGACAGUUACAAAACCAAUAUCGUUUAUGGUGGAAUGGAUUCAACAAUCAAUCUGACAGAAUAUUUUUGAUUCCCAGAACAAGAUUGUUUAUCUUUAAAGUAACUCUAAAUUAUUAAUCUAAAUUAUUAUUUAAAGUAAAUCUAAAUUAUACGUAGUAACGAUUUUUCGCUUAACUUCAAAGUACUAUAUUUAUUGGUUUUUAAUAAUUCGCAAGAGUUGCGUACUAAAUGUCAAAAAAUUGGACAUAUUUUGCUUAAAAACCUAAAUUGCAGAUUAUUCCAAAAAGAAGUAUAUGCAUUUUUUUAGUAAUAAUUUGAGCUUAUAAAUAAAAUGAUAUAAUUAAACGCAACGUACAAGAAUUGAUUAUAAU